CCAACUCACUCCCAAUACACCCAACCGAUAAGUCAGUUCCAAAGAAUCUGUCCAGCUGAACUAACAUGCUACAAAUCAUCAUUGUGCUCACUGCAGUUCAUUACACCUGUGGCUAAAACCCGGGGUCAAAGCAUCUCCACGUACCUCCCAUGAUGCUUGGUACCCCUCGAUACCGUCUCAUUUCGAAGCCUCGUUAUCUUUUGUGACUCGGCAGUCACCGAAAUUUCUUUUCCUAGUUACGGUUGCACAAUACCUACUUUCUACAUACCAAGUUCACCUGCCCAAUGUCCGCGAAUAUCUCCUUGAAGUUGCACAAAGUUGUGCUGAUUUCGACUCACAUGUCCGUUAUUGGAACCCAAACAACAUCAACGUGUAGUUCGCGUUCUUUUCGCCACCCACGACGAUGGCACUCUAUAUAUCUCAUGUGCUCAUAAACCUACCCUGCCAUGCAUUCCUCCUGUACUUCUUAUCAAUUUCAAAAACUACCCUUCUCCCCUCGCCAUAGCAGAACCAAACGUUCAGGCUUUCCUUCAAUCACUCCUCAAAUUUCAGAAGCUGUUAUUACUUUUUUUUUAUAUAAUUUCCUUGACGAUGCCGCGCAAGAGUUGGCUGUACGACUCAAAACUUCUAAGGAUGAGUCCGCCGCAGACGGAAGCCCGAAAAAGGAGGACUCACAUACACCUUCACAUUCGAAAUCAGGAACCGAGCGAGCAAUGCCCUUGUUCAAUGUUCCGCACGCGAGAAAUCCGAACUUUGUUGGGCGCUCUGCGGCUAUCAGUAAGCUGUUCGCGAUGUGGAAGCCCGGAAACAGGAGGAGAGUCUCAACUGUCGACUUAGGUGGUAUUGGGUGAGUGUAAUUCUUACUAUAUCUGCAAUUGUCAUUCAAUUUCAAAAGCAAUACUGACCCCCCCUUUUUUUCAGAGACGAUGAGCUGGCUGUUGAGUUGGUCUAUUUACUACGAGAUUUUUCACCCAAAGACCGUCUACUGGUUCAAGUCAACCGAUCUUCAUUCGUUCUCAGAUCUUGGGAAUCCUGUCACAUCAAUCACUGAGAAAUCACUUGGUCAGUGGCCUGCAAUACCACAACAAUCCAGAGAGCCUAGUUAUCGUUAAUCCUGGAAAAUCGUUUGAUGCCAUACUUCAGCCUGGCGAGGAUGAACCUCAAGUAGAUGAGAAACGAUCGUUCCCAUGGACGGUCAUCAUACGUAUCAGAAGCUCUCAGAGUGGUCAACAACCGGCCGGUCCACAUGGCCUUCGUGAGUUGAGUCUAGAACCCAAAGCACCCGAGAUAGUAUUACGCAGCAGACUGGGUCUAUUUAAGCAAGGUCGGCGGUUGAAUUUGCGGAGGUCGCACGAUUGAUGACUUACCCUCUUCGAGCAAUUGUUCAAGUUGCGCGACUUAUUACAAGUGCUGGGAAUGAUGACAUACCCAAUCAGUGGAGAUCUCACGAAACUCACUUGCUUGGAAAGCUGGACCGCUUUCGAAUCCAGUUUACGGUAUACGUUUUCCGUGGUUGGAUGGGGGACGGUUAA